UUUUAAUUUUUCUAGCAACAUUGUCACAUAUGUUCUUUACAUUUGAUAUUAGUAGAUAGCCAAUGACUCCUAGUGCUUUUGGAGAUGUGAAUAAAGCAUAUAAGAUAUGGUAUGACUUGAUGGGCGAUGAAUACAUUGAAUUAAUGGGUCAUUAUAUUGGAACUACAGUAGACGAAGCAGUUAAAAUCAGAGAUGAGCAUAUCGAUCGAGUCAAUUUUUAUAGAUUAUUACAUGGAGUACCUGGAGUGAAAAUGCAUGAAGAGUUAAAUGAGUUGGCUCAAAUGUUAGCAAACUAUAUUGUAUUAACUAAUCUUUAUGAACAUGGACCAACAAAAACAGUGUUUAGUGAGAAUUUAUGUUUAAUAAAAUAUCCAAAUGAAGCAGGUCGUAAUGCAGCUGACCUAUAUUAUGACGAAUUUUUUAUCUUAGAUGAAUUUGGGAAUACUUUUAAUUUUCACGGAACUGAAUCCGAAAUGUUAAAAGAUGCGGAAUCUGGUUUUCGUGGGCAUGCUCUUCAUAUGAUUUGAAAAGAUACUAAAGAGAUCGGAGUUAGCGUGGCACAUGGAGAUUGGUUUUAUAGUAUCACAGAGGUACAAGGACUAAAAUUUAAAAAUUAUUAUAUUAUUGUUGCAAUAACAAAUCCUUUCUGCUUUGAAAUUGGAAAAUUUAAAGAAAACAUUCUACCCAGAAUAAAGUCAUUCGAAAAAAUUGAAUAUCUAACACCUUAAGGGAAGAAAUUGACAAUGAAAAAUAAAAUAAUAAUAGUUUCGUUAUCAGAUUUAUAAUACUAUAAAUAAUAAAAUUUUCAUUUAAUCUUUCUAAUAAAAAAAUAAAU